AUGCUAUGGCAAGAAGGAAAAGAGUGUCUACGAGAUUGCUACGAGGACUGUCCCAAGACCACCAAGGAAUUGUUAGGAAGAAGAAGGGCUUUGAGGCUUGAUCCGAAUGCAUCGCACAUUGAGCGGCAGAAGAAGAUUCUAGAAGCAGCACAAAGAAGAACGAGUCCAAAGAAGUGCCGCAGGGAUCUCCGCGAAUAUAAUGUUCCGCUAGCAACCUUGCUGAGCGAAGACGGGACUCGCACGUCUUCUCGUCGUGAGAUGGAAAUCAUUACGGAGAGGUUCUACUCGAACCUUUUCCGUUCAUCAACUCCUGUGUCAAGCCCGAUCAUCCCCACCGGUGAAGCUCCACCACAGAUUCUUCCUUCGGAAGUACGAGUCGCUAUCAAGAGCAUGGAACCUGGCACAGCCCCGGACCUGAUUUUAUUUCAGCAGACUUUCUUCGGGCUGAAAGAAAGGAUCCCAGACCAGUGGAAGACCUCGCGAACCGUUCUUAUCCAUAAGAAAGGUGACCGAGAGGACCUUCGGAACUACCGUCCGAUAUGCUUGCUGAGCGUGUUAUACAAAGUAUUCACCAAGAUCAUCCUCACACGCAUAUCUAGGACGCUGGAUGAAGCCCAGCCUCAAGAACAAGCUGGAUUCCGCCAAGGGUUCAGCUGCUUGGACCACAUCCAGACCGUGUCGAGGGUCAUAGAGCCAAUUGCUACGAACGAUGCACGACUAGGAUACAGCUUCACCGCCCUCUCACCAUACCCAUUGGAAAGGGGUACGACAAGGCGAUACUAUAUCGCCGAAGCUGUUCACGGCUGCAUUGCAGUGGAUAAUGAAAUCACUAUCCUGGGAAGAAAGGGCAUACGUGUUGAUGGAAGAUUUCUUUCGAACCUUCGUUUCGCAGACGACAUCGUUCUCUUUUCGAGCAGUACCAAUGAAGCAGAAACGAUGCUCAACGAAUUGAACGAAGCAGGGAAGAGAAUAAACAGAAAGAAGACACAGUUCAUGAAGAACGCGCACUGCGAGGACGGAGGAGUACAACUUGAAGGCUCCCAAAUCGUGGAAACUCCGUCAUACGUAUACCUCGGACGUUCUAUGAACAUGGAAAACGACUGA